AUGGUUAUCAAAUGUUUUGCUCUUUGUGUAUCUGCGAGUAAUUGUGUGCUGGUCGCGACCAAGAAGAAGAAGACAUUGACGUUCGUGAUCGGUGGGAUCGCGAUGGCGGUCGCGAUAGCGGUUAUCGUCACGCUCGUGGUGGUCCUCUCGGGCAACGAAGGGGGAUCCGCAGAGUCGUUGGUCACCACAGAGGGCACGACGACGCCCGUAGAGCCGACAACAACCACGACAACCACAACAACAACAACGACGACGACAACGACGACAACAGAACCACCCAUCACGGAACCACCAGGGACGUACCCUAUAGAACUGGAGGAUAUAAUUAACGGGGUUUUCACGCCGCCAUCCUUCAAUGGCACUUGGACGUCGGGUAACGAAGUGCUGUUUCGAAAUGAAAACGGAGACCUGGUCUUAUAUAAUGCCGACAGCGAUAGUACGAGAGUUCUUAUUAGCAAUUCAUCGCAGAUACUGCAGCAAUCGUCAAGAGUGAACGAUCUGUCACCAGAUGGCAGCCAUGUAAUAUUGGUCUACAAUGUGGCUCCCGUGUACAGAUACAGUUACCUCGCCCGUUACGCCGCUAUAAACGUUGUGAAUGGAGAGGUUGUUGAUAUCCGGCCGCCUUUGGUGUCGUCGGAGGAAGCUUUCCUGCAGAACUUCGUUUGGGGCCCGUCUGGCACUUCACUGGCUUUUGUUUACCUCAACAACAUCUACUACCAGGCCAGCCUAACCAGCACUCCGCAGCAAAUCACUUCCACUGGACAGCUGAACGUCAUCUACAACGGAAUACCAGAUUGGGUAUAUGAAGAGGAAGUGUUCGUGUCUAACAAUGCGCUGUGGUUCGCCUUCGACGGUAGCAAGAUAGCGUACGCGACCUUCGACGACACGAGCGUGCGGGUAAUGAAAGUGCCACACUACGGGGUUCCCGGCUCCGUGGAUUACCAGUACACUCAGCACCACGAGAUUCGCUACCCGAAGCCGGGCACAACUAAUCCAACCGUGAGGGUCACGAUUCGAGAGCUCAGCACAGGGAUCGAGUCUACCUACAACGCACCUAGUAAUCUCAACGAGCCAAUUUUGAAGACCGUUAAUUUCGUCGACAACAACACAACGGCAUUGACGUGGACCAAUCGUGCUCAGACCACACUCCAAGUUCAACUUUGCACCUAUCCCGAAUUCAACUGUACUCAGAUUUAUCAGUACACGGAAGCGAAUGGUUGGAUUGACAACAUCCCUAUUGUGUUCAACGAAGCUGGCAAUUCCUUUGUGACCAUCCUUCCGCAGACUGUGAACAAUACAUUGUACAAGCAAAUAGUGCAAGUUUCCGACGUAAAUGAGAAUCUAUGGACGGCCGCUGGACGCACGAACACACCGCACACUGUCACAGAAAUUCUACUCUGGACAGUUGACAAUAUCAUCUGGUACAAAGCGACCCACGUGGAUGAUACUGCUGAGCAACACAUCUAUACUGUCAAUGCUGGUCGCGAGGUCACUUGCUUUACGUGUAGAAUUUCACGGGCAGACCGUAACAGAUGCUUGUAUAACGACGCGACCAUCAGCUCUGACAGCUCGAAGAUUGCCAUCAAUUGCGCCGGGCCAGACUUGCCACAAAUUUUCAUUUAUGAUGGAAAUGGUACCCUGCUCACAACUUGGGACGACAAUGCAGAAACGGCAACUCUGUUAGCCGACCGCUGGGUGCCAAGCAUCCUGAGGAUGAGCGUCCCCGUUGCUCCAGGACUGCCUGAAGCCGAUGUCCACAUUCAAGUUCCAUACAACUACCAGCUACGAAACAACGUGCCUUUAUUGGUAUAUGUAUACGGCGGGCCUGACACUGCUCUGGUGACGAAGCAAUGGACUCUCGACUGGGGUACAUCCCUGGUGAACCGCUGGGGCAUUGCUGUCGCACAUAUAGAUGGCCGCGGUUCGGGACUGCGGGGCGUUCAAAACAUGUUUGCCGUGAACCGACGGUUGGGAACGGUGGAGAUAGAUGACCAGAUCACCGUUACCAGGUACCUUCAACAACAGCUGCCCUGGCUGGACGGGAACCGCACUUGUAUAUGGGGCUGGUCCUACGGUGGCUAUGCGGCAUCGAUGGCUCUGGCGCGAGGCGGGGACGUGUUCCGCUGCGCGGCUGCGGUCGCUCCCGUCGUCGACUGGAGAUUCUACGAUACGAUUUACACUGAAAGGUACAUGGACACACCGCAGAAUAAUGCUCAAGCGUAUGCGAAUUCGUCUCUCCUUACUCAAGAAGUGGUCGAGGCAUACCGUAACAAGCGUUACUUCUUGAUCCAUGGUACGGCGGACGAUAACGUGCACUACCAGCACGCUAUGCUCAUCUCCAGGCUGUUGCAACGCCAAGAUGUUUAUUUCACGCAGAUGAGCUACACAGACGAAGAUCACGGUCUGAUCGGCGUUAGACCUCAUCUGUAUCACGCACUAGAAAAAUUCUUACAAGAGAAUAUGCUG